GUUGCAACUCGGGCCCCCCCCUGUCAUCCUCGGCGGCGUCCCGCUCGCCUGCGGCCGCGGGCUCGGAGCAGAUGGUCGAGCGCCUCGGCGGGCUGAUGGCGCUGCUGGGGCCCCGCUACCGGACCCUCCCGAAGGACUUCCUGUGGGAGAGGGCCACCGUCGGGGAGCGCGGACGCUUCAAGCGGGAGGAGCUCAAGCUGCACGCCCUGGCCGCCAGCAGGGAGGCCGCCUGCGCGGCCCCGGCCCGGGCGCCUGGGUUGCGGUGGGCGGGCGCGGGCGGCCUCAAGGGCGCAGCGCGGCCGAAGAGGGAGGAUCUCCCGCUUCCCCUCGUGGACCCGGACGCCAAGGCGCGGAAGGGCUACCUCGCCAGUCGCUCCGGGAGCAAGCCGGGGCCCGCGGUCCCCCGGGUGGCGAAGUGACCGCGGGGGGCUACCGCGAGGCUGGCGCCGAGAUCUCUUCGACGAUUCGUUUUUUCUUCCCCGGGGCAGGGGAAGCAGUCCUCGGG